AUUUAAUUGUAUUACGUUUUAUAUUUUUUAUUGUAGUAUUUCCCUUCUACGUGACUUCACCGAAAGAACCAAGACAAUGCUUUACAUUUGCAAGCGUCUUGUCAGUACCCUGAUAGUAGUCAGCGUCUCGCAGCUAGGGGAAUUUUUUUUUCGCAUUCAUAAUUAAUUUCUCCAAAGUGAAAAAAAAUACCCGUUAAAUGUGUAACCUGUGUGGUUAUGUACUUGUCAUAUGGUGCGUAUUUUAGUGCUUCAGUAUUAUAAGGAGAGCCUCUUUAUUUUUUUCUAUUGAACAUAUUUUUUUGACAGUGUUGACUUGAUGACCCGGUGUUGAUGGGAGGAGAGACUUCACGUGAACACGAUCACUGAUCGAUUCGAUUCGGUGUGAUCGAUUCCGUGUGAUCGAGUCGGCGUGUUACGGCACCGAUUUUAGAAUCAGCUCGGCGUGGCACAGGUGAGACGCUGAAUGGAUGGUCCCCACGUGCUCGUGUGCUGGAGAGGCUGAUUCAACACAAACAACGGAGUCUCCUGGAUUCCUUGUGUCCACGCGUGGAGAGCAAUAAGAUCACACCGGAGAACUAUCGUUUUUUUGUUUGUUAAAUAUUGUUGACCACCCCCAACUGUGCCCAAGAAGACGAUCACGGCCAGAAAGGACCGAGGCACUGUGAGCGCAGGUCACAAAUACAACACAGCACACUGUUGUACAGUGUAUCAAAAACAUUCCAGGUUGCACACCUCAUCACGACUGUCACAGUCCAGAUUACCUGCUGCAGAAACUGCACGUGGAAUAUUUUCUGUUUUUACACAAUUAAUUAAUUAGGGGCUUAAUUUGUAACGUCGUGUAAACAACUUCACUGCAGAGCUUUGAGGAAGUGUUCUGGAAAAACAUACUUAAGCGAAAUAGAAAUUCACAAAAUAAUACAGAAAUUCAGAAUGAGUUCUGCCGUUUUUGAAAUUAAACGUGCAGAGAUUGAGGAUGUCGAGGACAUUUGGCGGAUGUGCAUGGAGCUGGCUACGCAUGAGAGUCGCCAAUACGAGAUAAUUUCUGAAGAAGACCUACGGACGAACGGCUUUGGAGAGAAUCCCAUAUUUCAAUGUGUGGUGGUGAAGGUGCCUCCGAAGCACGGGUCUAGUGGCAAACCAGCGGCAGUGGGCUACAGUCUGUAUUUCUACUCCUAUGACACCAUCAAUGGGCGAUCGAUCACGAUGGACAGCAUCUACGUUAUGCCAGAGUUUAGGAACAAUGGAAUUGGCAAGGCGCUGCUUAAAAGGGUGGCUGAGACUGCGGCACAGAACAACUGCUCCUCAGUGUGUUUCUACGUUUACAACUGGAACAAGCCUGCUAUUGCGUUUUACCAGAGAAUUGGCGCCCAGGAUGUAACGAUCUCCCAGAAGAUGAAUUGCUUCGUCUUAAAUGGUGGUGCGAUGGAGGCGCUCAUAAAGAGCCCACGUGCGUCUGGUUCAAGCUCACAAGCAAGCCCUGUGCUCAUGACUCCAGCAGUUGAUGAACACCCUAUCCUGUGAUGUGGACCAAGCCCAUGUUGAGAAUGUGCUGCUGCUAUCUGAGAAGGAGCUUCUGUGCACCUACUCGGAAGAAGGCACCAUCAGCUCGUCUCACCACCGCGAUGAGUCUUGUUUUGCCAGUUAAUGCUGUCUGUGAUUACGUUUUUCAAUCUGUUUUCUGCUCCAAUAAACUAUGGAUUUAUUUCCUGGAUAAAAAAGUUAAUGCUCGUGUA